AGGACUGUAUCCUUGCGCCUGUGCGCGCCCGGUGGAGGCGGAGGCCGGGCAAGCGAGCGGAGGGGUGGGUGGGAGAACGGCCGCGGCGGUUGCGGUGAGAGGCGGCCGGCAUGGAGGGCAGCGCCCGCUCCCGCGGCGGCGCGGCGGAGCUGGUGGCCUGCUAGGGACCGGUGAGGGGGGAAUCUCCGCGGCCGCCCUUCCCCGCCUUCUGCCCCCCCCGCGCCCCGCUCCCUUCCCUGCCACCUCCCCCGCCCGCCUGGAAGCAUGAACUGGCAGCGGAGGUGCUGCUCCUCGCCGCCGCCUCCCCGCCGGUGAGAGCGAGGAGGGAAGGAAGAUGGGGGCCGUCCUGCGCAGCCUACUUGCCUGCAGUUUUUGUUCCCUGAUGAGAGCUGCCCCACUGUUGCUGUAUGCGAACCGACGUGAUCUGAGACUGGUGGAUGCUGCAAACGGGAAGGAGAACGCCACAGUGAUUGUGGGUGGCUUAGAGGACGCAGCAGCAGUGGACUUCGUGUUUGUAAAGGGGUUGAUAUACUGGAGUGACGUAAGUGAAGAAGCCAUCAAACGAACAGAAUUCAAUAAAUCUGGGAGUGUACAAAAUGUGGUCGUUUCUGGACUUCUGUCACCUGAUGGGCUGGCAUGUGACUGGCUGGGAGAGAAAUUAUACUGGACAGAUUCUGAAACAAAUCGGAUUGAAGUUUCUAAUUUAGACGGAUCGCUGAGAAAAGUUUUGUUUUGGCAAGAAUUGGAUCAACCCAGAGCAAUUGCCUUAGAUCCUGCAAGAGGGUUCAUGUAUUGGACAGACUGGGGAGAAGUGCCAAAGAUAGAACGUGCUGGGAUGGAUGGUUCGAGCCGCUCCAUUAUAGUUAACACGGACAUAUAUUGGCCAAAUGGACUGACGCUGGAUUAUGAGGAAGCGAAACUUUACUGGGCAGAUGCUAAACUGAAUUUCAUCCACAAAUCAAAUCUGGAUGGAAGUCAUAGGCAAGCAGUGGUUAAAGGCUCCCUUCCACAUCCUUUUGCUUUGACGCUAUUUGGGGACACGUUGUACUGGACUGACUGGAACACGCAUUCAAUCUUGGCCUGCAGCAAGUACUCCGGGGAGGACCUGCGUGAAAUACAUUCCAACAUCUUCUCUCCCAUGGAUAUCCAUGCUUUCAGCCAAAAGAGGCAGCCAAAUGCUACAAACCCAUGUGGAAUUAAUAAUGGUGGCUGCUCCCACUUGUGUUUGAUGUCUCCUACCAAGCCCUCUUAUCAGUGUGCAUGUCCCACUGGUGUGAAACUUCUUGAGAAUGGAAAGACCUGCAAAGAUGGUGCUACUGAACUACUGCUUCUAGCCCGCCGGACAGAUUUGAGGCGAAUUUCCUUAGACACCCCAGAUUUUACAGACAUUGUUUUGCCACUGGAGGACAUCCGUCAUGCCAUUGCCAUUGACUUCGAUCCUCUGGAAGGAUAUAUCUAUUGGACCGACGAUGAAGUUAGGGCAAUCCGCCGCUCGUUCAUUGAUGGGUCAGGUAGUCAGUUUGUUGUCACAGCACAGAUCGCACAUCCUGAUGGCAUUGCUGUGGACUGGGUUGCCCGAAAUCUGUAUUGGACUGACACUGGCACAGAUCGUAUUGAAGUUACAAGGCUUAAUGGGACCAUGAGAAAAAUCUUGAUAUCAGAAGACCUGGAAGAACCCAGAGCUAUUGUGCUGGAUCCCAUGGUCGGGUACAUGUACUGGACUGACUGGGGAGAAAUCCCAAAGAUUGAGAGGGCAGCAUUAGACGGCUCAGACAGAAUUGUGCUGGUGAAUACGUCGCUUGGCUGGCCAAAUGGACUGGCGUUGGAUUAUGCAGAAGGCAAAAUAUACUGGGGAGACGCCAAAACGGACAAAAUAGAGGUCAUGAAUGCUGAUGGAACUGGGAGAAGAGUUCUGGUGGAGGACAAGCUGCCUCAUAUCUUUGGAUUCACAUUGCUGGGAGACUAUGUUUAUUGGACAGACUGGCAAAGACGUAGCAUUGAACGUGUGCAUAAGCGAACAGCAGAAAGAGAGAUCAUCAUAGAUCAGCUGCCUGAUCUAAUGGGCCUGAAAGCUACAAAUGUCCACCAGAUAAUUGGUACAAACCCUUGCGCAGAGGAUAACGGUGGCUGCAGCCACCUUUGUCUGUACAGACCCCAAGGCCUUCGCUGCGCUUGCCCCAUAGGCUUAGAGCUUAUCAAUGACAUGAAGACCUGCAUCGUCCCAGAAGCUUUCCUGCUGUUUUCUCGGAGAGCAGAUAUCAGGCGAAUCUCUUUGGAAACAAACAACAACAACGUUGCUAUUCCACUCACGGGGGUCAAGGAAGCUUCUGCUCUGGAUUUUGAUGUGACAGACAAUCGAAUUUACUGGACUGACAUUUCAUUGAAGACCAUCAGCAGAGCGUUUAUGAAUGGCAGCGCACUGGAACACGUUGUGGAGUUUGGCUUGGAUUACCCAGAAGGCAUGGCCGUGGAUUGGCUGGGCAAGAACUUGUAUUGGGCUGACACUGGAACAAAUCGCAUAGAAGUGGCAAAGCUGGAUGGGCAGCAUCGCCAAGUGCUGGUGUGGAAAGAUCUCGACAGUCCCCGGGCACUGGCCUUGGACCCUGCCGAGGGGUUUAUGUACUGGACUGAAUGGGGUGGUAAGCCAAAGAUUGAUAGAGCUGCUAUGGAUGGCACUGAGAGGACAACUCUGGUACCGAAUGUGGGACGUGCUAAUGGCCUAACUAUUGAUUACGCUAAAAGACGACUGUACUGGACCGACCUUGAUACCAACCUGAUAGAAUCCUCCAACAUGCUAGGCCUUGACCGUGAGAUUAUAGCUGAUGACUUGCCUCACCCAUUUGGCUUGACUCAGUAUCAGGAUUACAUUUACUGGACUGAUUGGAGCCGGCGUAGCAUUGAACGAGCCAACAAGACCAGCGGCCAGAACCGAACCAUCAUCCAAGGGCAUUUGGACUAUGUGAUGGACAUCUUGGUCUUCCAUUCCUCCAGGCAGGCCGGCUGGAACGAGUGCGCCUCCAGCAAUGGUCACUGCUCCCACCUGUGCUUAGCUGUCCCUGUUGGUGGCUUUGUCUGUGGCUGCCCAGCUCACUAUUCCUUGAACUCUGACAACAGGACUUGUAGCGCUCCUACAACCUUUCUGUUGUUCAGUCAGAAGAAUGCAAUUAAUCGCAUGGUGAUAGAUGAGCAGCAGAGUCCAGAUAUCAUACUCCCUAUCCAUAGUCUGAGGAAUGUUCGAGCCAUCGAUUACGACCCCCUGGAUAAGCAGCUCUACUGGAUUGAUUCUCGUCAGAACAUCAUCCGCAAGGCACAGGAAGACGGCAGCCAGAGCCUCACUGUUGUGACAAGUCCAGUUCCCAAUCAGAACCUAGAUAUGCAGCCUUAUGACCUGAGCAUUGACAUCUACAGCCGCUAUAUCUACUGGACCUGCGAAGCUACUAAUGUGAUCAAUGUGACCCGCCUGGAUGGGAGACCCAUGGGAGUGGUGCUCAAAGGAGAUCAAGAUAGGCCCAGGGCCAUUGUGGUGAAUCCAGAGAAAGGAUACAUGUAUUUCACCAACCUACAGGAAAGGUCUCCUAAAAUUGAGAGAGCGGCAUUGGAUGGAACUGAACGAGAGGUCCUUUUUUUCAGUGGUUUGAGCAAGCCCAUAGCCUUAGCUAUUGACAGCCAGCUAGGCAAGUUGUUCUGGGCUGAUUCAGACCUGCGAAGAAUUGAAAGCAGUGACCUUUCAGGUGCUAACCGGAUUGUUUUGGAAGACUCUAACAUCUUGCAGCCUGUGGGACUAACUGUAUUUGAAAACUGGCUGUAUUGGAUUGACAGGCAACAACAGAUGAUUGAAAAGAUUGAUAUGACUGGUCGAGAAGGACGUACGAAGGUCCAAGCUCGCAUUGCACAGCUCAGUGACAUCCAUGCUGUGAAACAGCUCAACAUUCAGGAAUACAGACAACAUCCUUGUUCUCAAGAUAACGGUGGCUGCUCGCACAUUUGCAUCGUGAAGGGCGAUGGCACCACGCGCUGCUCUUGCCCCGUCCACCUUGUUCUGCUGCAGGAUGAGCUGUCCUGCGGAGAACCACCAACGUGCUCGCCUCAGCAGUUCACCUGUUUCACAGGUGAGAUUGACUGCAUCCCGGUGGCCUGGCGCUGCGAUGGUUUCACUGAAUGUGAAGACCACAGUGAUGAAAAGAACUGCCCAGUGUGCUCAGACACCCAAUUCCAGUGUGAAAGUGGACAGUGCAUAGAAAGUGCCCUUAGGUGCAAUGGAGAAGCAAAUUGCCAGGACAACUCAGAUGAGAAGAACUGUGAAGUGCUUUGUUUAAACGAUCAGUUCCGCUGUGCCAGCGGUCAGUGCAUUGGGAAAAGCAAGAAGUGUGACCACAACCUGGACUGCAGUGACAGCUCAGAUGAGCAAGGAUGCUACACAACGGAGGAGCCUGCACCACAGCCCAACAACACAAUAGGCUCCAUCAUUGGUGUGAUCCUGACAGUUUUUGUGGUUGGAGCAAUGUACUUCAUCUGCCAGAGAGUGCUGUGCCCACGCAUGAAGGGAGAUGGGGAAACAAUGACCAAUGAUUAUGUGGUGCACGGACCAGCCUCUGUACCUCUUGGUUAUGUGCCUCACCCAAGCUCUUUGUCAGGGUCUCUUCCUGGGAUGUCUCGAGGUAAAUCUGUGAUCAGCUCCCUCAGCAUUAUGGGAGGGAGCAGUGGGCCACCCUAUGACAGGGCCCAUGUCACUGGAGCUUCUUCCAGUAGUUCUUCAAGUACCAAAGGCACUUACUUUCCUCCAAUUUUAAACCCACCACCUUCACCAGCUACCGAACGUUCACAUUAUACCAUGGAAUUUGGUUAUUCUUCAAACAGCCCAUCCACUCAUAGAUCCUACAGCUACAGGCCUUACAGCUACCGGCAUUUUGCACCUCCCACGACGCCCUGCAGCACGGAUGUCUGCGACAGUGACUAUGCCCCCAGCCGAAGGGUCACAGCAGCGACGGCCAAGGGCUACACUAGUGACUUGAACUAUGAUUCCGAGCCCGUCCCCCCGCCGCCCACUCCUCGCAGCCAGUACCUGUCAGCAGAGGAGAACUAUGAAAGCUGCCCGCCCUCCCCCUACACGGAGCGGAGCUACUCCCACCACCUCUACCCGCCGCCACCGUCCCCCUGCACGGACUCCUCAUGAGGGGUAGCCCCCCCGCCCCGAUAUCUGCCUCCGCCGUGAAAAGUGUAAAUACAAAAUGUUCUAUUGGGGAGGGGGGAGGGAGCUCUCAGCAAGGGAGGAGGUAGGACAGUGUACAGUUAAUUGUUAUUAAAUGGGGUGGAGGAAUACUGAAGAUAUUUGUACAGAUGAAAGAAAAAAAAAGGAUAUUUAUAUAUUUUCUUAAAACAGCAGCUGCUGCUUGUGCCAUAAGAAGAAAAAAUUUUUGUAUAAAAGAACCCAGACAUUUGUACAAAAAGUUUUUAUUUUUGCAAAUGGAACACAAAAACAUGCCUUAAUCCAGUGAAGUGACUGAGCACAUAAGGGAGCGGAAGGACCGGGAUGUGUUACUUGUCCAGCGAGGUGAGAUGAGGGGUUUGUCAAUACCAAAAAUGUUUAAAGUAAUUAACAAUAAAGAAGUCUGUCUCAGAGCAGCAUACCAUAGAUACUUGGAAGUAGCCAAAUAACCUCUAUGUUAACUAGAGAGGGCCAGCAACUAAAGUUAAACUUGAAAACGCAGUCAGGACAGAUAUUAACCUUACACAAAGGGCUUUGUUUUCUACAGGAAUACAGCGAUCGUAGCAGUGAAUCCAGAAAAAUAAUCACACACUUUUUAAAAUUAAUACACCUCUGUUUUUCCUUAAUGCAUAUACCAAACUAGAAUGUUUAGAGCUCCCUCCUUGCUUCUGGAAUGUCAAUGAUUUUUGUUGGGUAUAUUUUAAAGUUUGCUUUUUUUCUCCAGUUUAGCUUUUCCCAUCUCUUCUGCAUCCUUUCUUCCUGCCCAUGUCACUUUAAAUCAUUAUGUCCUUAUUUAAAUUACUGCUAGAACUGGGAUGCUGUAGAUUCUUUUGUUCUCCUAACUAGCAUUGUUGUGCAGUGAUUAUCGUGCUAUACAUUACCUUCUUCGUUUUACCAACACAGUAGGAUUCUGUUCUGUACCAGGUCAGUACGAUUUUCACGUAAUUGACAAGGGUAAUAUGCAUAUACCUGAAUGAUUUUUAGUCCCUUAAAAAAGAAAACCUUAUUUUGACCUAGUGCCCACAAAAUGUCAAAUAUUUUUAUACCACAUAUAAUAUAGACAGCAUAUUUAUAAACUAUGAAUUUAACCAUGGAUAGUUAGUUUUACUGUAAAUGAAUAAUAUAUCCUUGCAGUACUUUCAGUGUAUAUUGAUAUCACAGUAUACAAAUCAUAUAUAUAAAUAUAUAUAUAUUAUUUUUCCUAGUAAGGAAGCAUUUAACUUUCAGUGGAGCAACUGUCCAUAAAAAAAGAUAGAAGUUUUGAUCAUUAGAAGGGGUUCCCGUGCUGUAUUAACUGCUCAUGAUUUCUUUGUGUUAGGUAAAGCCAGUUUUUCUCAGUAUGAUUUUGACAUACCUCCUCUUUUGCGUGGUGUGAGUUUAAUACUUUAGUAUUAACCACUAUGAAUAUCAAAUUUUAAGAUAUUCUUAACCAAACCAUUUUAUAUUUGCAUCUCUAUUUUUGUAUAUUAUCAUAUUUAGCCCCUUCUCCUAUCAGCCUCACCAUGGUGAUUUUGACAGGGAGAGUAUAUAAUCAAGUGAAAACAUUUAUUUGUGUAGGUUGAGGGGCAACCUUGGAUAUUAUUAAUUCCUCUUUGACUCCAGUGCAGUAAUUUGGAUUUGCUUUGACUGUAGUGGAGCUCACAGUGUACCUGAUCUUAAGACGGCAUUAUGCAUUUGCACCUUCUGGUGACAUCGAAUAGAAGUUGAAGGUGCUCGCUGCCUUCAAAGACUGGCCCUCUGAGUCUUCUGUCUCAAAACAAAGGUCCUGAGGAGCUCCUACCUCCUAGUCUUUGGGCGUAACAACUCUUCAGAUGUGCCGUUCAGGUUUUGUUGUUCUCUGUUGCUUGUUUCCCAGCCAGUUUCAACUAAAAGAGAAAUAACCUGAAAAUGUAGCAUGGGCUUUAAGUCAUGUCUUUGACAGAAUUCGUGACACGUAAUUCUUCCUAGUGCUGCUGCUCAUCUGGAGUACUAGAGCUUCCUUUGGUUUCAGUUCCACGGAAGACCGUGGCAUUUGGGAUUCCAGCUGUAAUAAAGGGUCUUUUUAGUAGUCCAAUCUACCUGAGGAAACUUCUAAAAGCCUUGGGUGGUCUCCAGGCUAUUGCAGUUGAUCUCUGGCAUACUAAGGGGGUUUUUUUGCCCAGCUUCGUUCUAGGUAUCUGGGAAUUAUGGUAGCUGUUCUUCUGGCUCUUCCAUGCUGGUGAAGAAGCUUGUUUGUGUUCUCCAGCAGGAUGGAUGUUGAGGAGGGUAUUGUGAACUAUAAGGGAACUCAAAACCAUUUAUAUGAAGGGGGGGAGGGCGGGUGUGUCGAGGCAGGGGGUGUUGAGGCUGGCACGCCAAUGGGAAUAGAAACUUCUCUGUUGUUUACAUUUUUUCAUGUGCAGCAUUCUGUGUGGGGUUCACAUGUGGAAACUUGCACUAAUGAACUCAGAAGAAUAUUGCAUUGUUGUAUCUCAGUCCAAGUGCUUGUACUGCGAUGGCAAUGGUCUCUUCUUGCAAAAUACUUUUUUCAGUGUGCCAAUUUCUGUUUGAAAAACUCUAAGGUGGUUGAGCUUAAGGAGUGGUAUCCUCUUUCUGGUGUGGUUGGGCUGCCUCGCUGAGGCUUGCUCUUGGAGGGAACUUCCUGCAGGUAAAUUCCUAAGUGUGUUAAUUACAGCAAGUGUUCUUCAGAAGAAGAAUGUCCUCUGCUUAUGGACCAUGCUGCCUGCCUUCUGCACUAGUUUGUGUCUGUCCGUAACUCACCUGAAGUCUAUGGGGUGGACAUAUGAUUCAGUGUAGGAUUUGACCAAGGCUGAUACACGCGUUUCAGUUUGUGCAUCAGAUAUUUUGAGUAGUCUGCUUCUGGGAGGUUCACAUGAAGAAAGGGAAAGCGGACAGACUAUGUUUUUCCACUGAAGACGACCAGCAUAGGGAGAAGGCUGUUUCUCAUCUGGACUAACCAAAGAAUUUAUCUACUGGGAAGCUGUAAAAUCUUGAAAGUAAAAUCUUGAAAGAGUUGAUGGUCUGUGAAGUUCCUCUUAGGCAGAUCUCCAAAUUACAAAUGCGUUGCUGCAACUAGUAUGUGCACCUGACACAUUCCCAGUGGAUAACCCAUAGAUUGGCUGAAUCCUCUCCACCACUGAGCCAGUCAUGAUUCAUAUUCUCUCCUUCCCUCAGUGAGGAUCAGGCUUUCUCCUGCUUCUCAAGUUGACUGUGAUGUUGAUAACACACACGUGUCAGUUCAGGAAAUCGCUAAAAUGGGUUUGUGGUGUUAGUGUGGAAGUCUCUCAUUGAUGUAAAUGAAAGCACAAAUGUCCUUAUCUUACAGCAUCAGGUACACACACAGUGAAGCAUUAACACAAGUACUCAUUGUGCACUUUUUCCUCUAUGUAGGCAGCUGGGAGGUGUUUAUAGCUGACUGUCUGGCGAUGGAAAUGGCUCGUGUGCUCAAUCAGGAAAGGAUCAGUCCUUUAUACUUAUAAAAAAAAGAAAAAUAAAAAUCAAAAAGGACAUUGCAGCAUAAUUUGUUGAAAAAUAACCUUUGCAUGUUCAGCAGGAGCUUAGCAUGUUUAAAUGGCACCAUUAAUGAGACUUAAUCUUGCAUUUAAAAAUUAUACCUUACAUGUCAUAUACUGCAUGCAUUUUAUACCUCCCUGAGGAAUACUUCUUAUUUCUCCAUUGCUUUUAGACACCAGGAUAUUUAUUUUCAAAUAACUUAGGAUAAAUGGAACAUGCACGUAACAUUUGCAUUUGAAAUAGAGUGGUUUCCAUGAAUAUAAAUUUGUUCAACCUGUGCACAUACAUUAAAUGAAAUAUUUACAGUAAUGCAAAAUAUGCAAAUGAGCCAGUUGAUAUCAAAGGGUUCAUUUUGCUGUGAGUUGUAACUUUCAGUAUUGUAAAUUCCAGAUUACUGCCAUAACAUUUUUCUCCCCAUGUGCAUGUACACGUAUCUUUGAUAAUGUGAAUUUACUUAAAGCUAAUAAUUCUUUCUCGUGCGCAUACGCAUUCGCACACCCCUGUUGGCAGAGUCAGCCUUGCGGCCCAUUGCAGUGCUAAUGCUGGAUGCUGUCUCACGUGAGCUGGACUGCUUUUGGCCAGCUUGUAGGACAGACGACAGAAUACUUGUUAUUUUAAACCUGAAGAGCUUCUGUUCUGUCAUACCAGACAGGAGAGGAAGCACUUUUUUCUUUUUAAUUCUGUUCCCUUACUUUUUGGGUCCAUCUUGCAGAUGAGUAAAACUUUUCUGAAGAUACAUACAAAUCAAUCUGCUGUAGUCCUAGCAUAAUUAUGAAGAAAAUUGCACCUAAGCUGCUUGACGUGGCAGGUGCUACAAUCUUCUGCAAGUGAAGAUUCGUGCAGAAAAUCCCUAUUAAUUGCACUCAUGGGCUUUGGUGUCCUGUCUCCAGUUGUGCAUUGCUUCUCUGUUUAUCGUAGCUUCAUGGAAUGGGUUAAUUGGUGAGUCUAUAACACAGAUUCAUUUGUUUUACCUUAAAGUAGUUAAGCCUGUUCUAAGCUGAAGGAAAGGCCACUAUCUUGAACAAUGAGUAUUUCCAUUCCUUACUGCUUGGCAAAUCUCCUUGAAUUCACUUAUUACUGCCAUUCUAGGGGGAACUGCUUGGACUACAGAACUCCCUGGUGUCAUGCAUGCUGUUAACUGAAUGACUUCCUAAAAGUAUCUCUUAAGAAGAAAUCAGUCACUUUUUCCCUUGACAUUUCUGUCUUGAGCAUGUUUGUCACAUGUUUGUUACAGACAGAAUCUGCAUUUGAACAUGUACUGUGCGUGUCGCAGAUACUACUUCUACAACAAAAAAAAGCUGGUUCAUUGGGUGCAAAACUAAUUUGAACAUUGUUAUUCAGAAAUUGCUGUCUUUUAGCCAUGAGAUUUUUUUAAUUGCAUUGUGGUGGUGGGGUUACUGUUUGAAAAUUAACUUUUAGCUUAAUCGGCAGGUGACACAUACACCUUGAAAAUAAGUUAGGAAUGACCUAAUACCUUGAAAAUUUCCUAGAAGUAGGAAAGUAAAAUACCAUAGUGAUACAAAAUCAGCAAUUUUCUUUCCAUCUUUAAAAAGCGUGGCUCAGUGUAUGCCAGCAUAGCAUUCAUAGGGACUGGGUGAUCCACCCCAAAACUGGGCCGGAUCCAUAUUUGAUUUGGGACACGUGUUAUCUUGGCGGCAGCAGCAGCAGCGUGAUUGGCGAGCAGGCUCGUUCCCCUCUUCUAAAUGAACAAGGAGCAGCUUUGAAGUCCUGAUUAAAAUGGCUGUAGCCUUAAGCCAGGCAGUAAAGAGUCAGCAAGGGAAAAUGAAAGUAUCUUUUCGUAAAGAGGAUACCACCAGGCUUAAGCUGAACUAACCUUGUUUGCAAGUGAAGGAUCUGGUGCUGCUUUCAGACUUUUAAUAUUUUCUUUUGUUUUGUUUUUGUUUGUUCUUUUUCGUAAGCUUUAAUCACUGUUUGUCAUUGUCUUAAAAGCCAGCUGGUGUCUCUUGUUCAUCAACUUUGGUACGAUGGUGCUUUGCAAGGAUGUAUUUAUAUUAUAAUGACCAACAUUUGGUCAGCCCUAUUCACUCAUUCACUAACUUUUUUUUGUAAAAUAAAGUGCUUUACUUGUAAGGUGUAUAUAAACCUUGUACAAAAAUCCUUUCCAAUUAUUACUAUAAACCAAGUUGUAACAAAUGAAAUGUUGAUUUUUAUAAUAAAACUAAGAGUGAAAAAGGA